AUGAUUAAAAUUAUCAUAUUUUUCUUCAUAUUUCCAUUAAUCUAUUCAAAUCAUCAUUUACAUUCAUUACCCUCGAUUGUAAUCGAUCCAAAUGAUUAUCCUGAAUCCGAUUUAAUACUUCAUAAUUUUCAACAUCAAUUUCAUCCAACAUAUUCCUAUCGUUGUUUAUUACAAACUGAAUCAAAAUACUUUCAUCUUGAUUCGUCAUGUCAAUUAUUAACACGCUUGCCACUAAAACAAAUAUGCCCACUUAAUUAUACAUUGAAAUUAGAAAUUGUUUUUCCACAAAAUACAACUAUAUAUGAAUUAAUAAUUGAAUUAAAAUAUAAAAAUCCUUUUCAAUUUAAUAUCAAAAAUGAUCAAUCAAUGAUAACAUUGCCAUUUUAUUGUAAUAAUCAUAAUGAGAUAAAUAUCGAAAAUAAAAAACAUGAAAUGUUUAUUGGCAACGCACAUAUCCUAUUAAAUGAAGAUCAAGAAGAAAAAUUAUGUCAAUUUGAAAAAAAUCCUUAUCGUAUUAAAUUGAAAGAAAAUGAAUUCUAUGAAAAUUUUCUACAAAUGAAACCAAUAUCAUCAUGUUCAGCAACAAAUUAUUUGUUAGCAUCAUCGAAUUCAAAACGAAAUUUCGAGUAUUUUGCAUUAAACUCUUCUACGGGCUAUUUGAAUCUAAUACGUCCAUUAGAUUAUGAAUCAAUAACAACAUGGAAAUUAGUUAUACAAGGUCAUGAUAAAGCUUCCAUACCAUUCUAUACAUAUGUUAUUAUUGAUGUUGAUGACAUAAAUGAUUGCCCGCCGUUACUGUCGUGGAAUUUUCCAUUGCAAACAAUCGAAAUUCUAAACAAUACAGAUGCAUUCAAUAUUGAAAUAGCUGUACAUGAAUCAAAAGUUGAACAAAACAAUGUUAUUAUUGCAAAUUUAAUAGCAUCCGAUUUAGAUACAUCAUCAAAUAUCGAUGAUCAAAUUAAAUUUCAAUUGACUGUAAAUUCAACAGAUUCAUUACCAUUUGAAAUUCAUGGUCCAUUUGCUGAUUCAACAUUUGUUUUAUCAACAAAUCAUAAACUCGACCGAGAACUCCAAGAUAAAUAUAUUUUUAAUUUGAUUUUAACUGAUAAUGGACAACCAAAACUAUCAUCAUAUUAUGAAUUAUCUAUUUAUAUAUUAGAUGAUAAUGAUAAUUCACCUAUAUUCGAUAGAUCCAUUUAUUAUGUUGAUAUACAAGAAAAUAAUUUAAUUAAUACAACAUUAAUACAAGUUUCUGCAAAUGAUUCUGAUCUAGAUGAUAAUGGACGUGUGACAUAUGAAUUAAAUGAUAUUAAUAAUAAAUAUGUUACUAUUGAUAGUCAAACAGGAAUUAUAAGAACAAAAAUGCAAUAUGAUUUCGAACAAAUUAAAGAUUUUACAUUUAACGUAACAGCUAUGGAUCAUCCAAAUAAAGGACAACAGUUGAAAACAGCAGCUACAGUUUUUGUUCAUAUUAUUAAUCAAAACGAUAAUAUUCCUAAAUUUCCUCAAUCAAAUUACGAAUUCUCAAUAUAUGAAAAUAAUGCUCCAAACAGUUUUAUUGGUCAAGUAAUAGCUUCGGAUAUUGAUAAUGCUUCACUAACAUAUUCUCUUGAUAAUCCAUCAGAUGAAAUUUCUUCUCUUUUCAAAAUUUCAUCAUCGGAUGGUAAAAUUUUUGCACUUCAUCCUCUCGAUCGUGAACAAUCCGAUCAAUAUAUAUUUCAUGUAAUUGCAUCUGAUGGUUAUCAUAAGUCUUCACGUAUUCAAAUUCAAAUAACUACACUCGACUUAAAUGAUGAAAUUCCACGUUUUGUUUUUCCAAAUGAUCAUAAUGAUACGUUAAUUAUUGAUCGUACAUACUGGCAUAUCAAUGAUUAUAUAUGUCAAAUCGAUGUACAAGAUCAUGAUCAAAUACCCAAUCAUACAUUACUUCUUGUUCAUCGACUGGAUCAAUUAAAAAACUAUGACUAUUUAGCUGAACAAAAACCUUUAUUAAAAUUUGAUUCAUCAAAAUUUUAUCUUGAUGAUGAAGCAAGAUUAUUUUUCAAUUCAACAAAUAAUGCAAUUUUACAUGACGGAGUUUAUUAUCUAGCAUUUAAAAUUAUUGAUGGUCAAAAUUAUUUCGAUGAGAAAUUAUUAAAAUUAAUCGUUGUUGACAAUUAUGAACGUAUUCAAACCAUCGUUAAACAAUAUGAUUAUCUUGGUUCUCAUUUAAAUAGUCGCUUUUCUUAUUUACAAUAUCAUUCAAAUACUAAUACUAAUAUUAAUACUAAUAAUAAUAAUAAUAACAAUCAUAAUUCAUAUCAACCACGCCAUUCCUAUUCGUCGUCAUCAUCAUUAGAUCAAUCGAAUAAAUUUCUUGUUUUUAUUAUUAUCACUGUAUUAAGCAUAAUACUUAUUGGUAUAACAUUUAUAUUUAUAUCAUUAAUACGACGUAAAUCAUUUCAACAAAAAGAUUUAUUGAAAACUCAAGAUUCUGUAUCAACAUCAUCUGUUUUACAACAACAAUCGGAUUCAUCUACAGCGAAUCUAUUUAAACCAUCAACAAUAAAUAAUAAUGAUAAAAGACAUAAACUACGUGUUAGUAAUUGUUAUGAAUAUGGUGAAAUAUCAUCGCCUUCGUCAUUACUCAUGUUAAAUAAAGGUUCAAUAACACCAACAUCGUUAAUAAAUGAUAAUUGUCAUUUAUUAGAAAAAUUAAAUGAAAAACAACUUUAUGAUGAACAAAGAACUAAGCCGUACUCAUCAUGGGUAUUGUCAACCGCAAAUCGUCCUGACUCUCGUUAUUCUCAACGUAGUAGUGAUUCAUCAACAUUUCAUUCACUUAACCGUCUUUCUAUUCCACCACAAAUGCAUUCAACAACAAACAUAUCUCACCAAUUAUGUUCACCAAAACGACAUUCAACAGUCACCUAUGAAUCAUCAACGACAACAUCAACAAACAAUUCAAAUAUUCAAUCAUCAUCAAUACCAUCAGACUAUACAGUUGCUAUAGUGUCAUCAUCAACAAAUAAUUCUCCACACACACCUGUUAGUUCUGAUGAUGGUUUUUGUGGUUCAUCCGAUAUAUCAGAUCCACCAAUGCAUAAUGGAAGUAAUAGUUUACUAUCAUCAUCGCAUCCACAUCAUAGCUAUCGUCAACCAUACAACAUGAUGAAAGAAGGUAUGAUGCAAAAAAAUCAACAUUCACCAUCGUUUACAACAUUACUUAAUCGUUUCAAUGAUUCGACAGUAACAACACAUGGAACAGAUACGACGCGACGUGUUCGAUUUAAUCUUGAACCUGAAGGAAAACAUCAACAGAGGACUAUUUUACCAUUACCAUCAUCAAAUUCACCGGAUCGAUUAGCUGAUCAUGCUUUAAGACGAUUUGAGCAAUUGUAUAUGACUCGAGAUAAUGUUUUAGAUAAACAAUCGGUCGAUUCGACAGUAUUAUAUACAAAUUCGACAGUCGUCUAG